AUGUCUACCACGGUUUUUGUUUCCGGAGCCACCGGUUUUAUUGCUCAGCAUAUAGUGAAAUUACUACUUGAGAAUAAUCACAAAGUUGUUGGUUCAGUUCGGUCUGCAAAAAAAGGUGAAGAAUUGACUUCAUCCAUCAAGAAUGCUGGUUUGAGCGCUGAUAAUUUUACUUUUGAGGUUGUUGAAGAUAUUGCGGCUAAAGGUGCUUUUGACGAGGCAUUAAAAAAGCACCCCCAAGUCACUGUUUUCUUACACACUGCUUCUCCUUUUCAUUUUGACGUCAAAGACAUCAAGAAGGAUUUAAUCGAUCCAGCUGUGGAAGGAACGACAAAUGCUCUUAAUGCUAUCAAGGAAUACGGAUCAUCAGUCAAAAAAGUUGUUGUUACUUCAUCUUAUGCUACUGUUUCAGGAUUCGGCGAGCUUGUCACCCCUGGUAAAACAGUUGAUGAAACUUCAUGGAAUCCAAUUACUCAUGAACAAGCUUUGAAGGAUCCAAUGGCUGGGUAUAUCGGCUCCAAAAAAUUUGCUGAGAAAACUGUUUGGGAUUUCAUUGAGCAAAACAAGCCUCAAUGGCAAGUCUCGAUAAUUAAUCCCGUGUAUGUGUUUGGACCUCAGGCUUUUGAAGUCAAGGAUAAGUCCAAAUUGAAUACAUCAAAUGAAAUCAUCAAUUCCAUUUUGAAAGCAGGUAAGGACAAAGAUCAACCACAACAAUUUGCUGGUUAUUUCAUUGAUGUGAGAGAUGUUGCAAAAGCGGAAAUUGUUGCUUUUGAAAAAGAAGAAGCUGUUGAUCAAAGAUUGAUAUUAUCAGAAGGUCCAUUUACUACAGAUAAAAUACUAAACAUUCUUAAAAAAGACUUUAAACAGUUGGAAUUGCCAACAUUGGAUGAAUCAAAAAAGAUAAAUUGGGAUUCAACCGAAAGCAUCAUUAACAACGAAAAAACGAAAAAGAUUUUGGGAUUCAAGUUUAUUGAUUUAGAGCAAAGUGUUGAUGAUACUGUGGCACAGAUUUUGAAUGAUUAG